GGUUAGUUUAUUGUUUAUCUAUUUGACAGGUAUAAGGUGGACCUGAAAUUGCCGGACGAUGAACCAAGAGAUCGAGAUAAUCAAUGAAAUAAAUAAAAUAUGUAGAACUUGUUUAAAAGAGAAGAAUGAGGAAGAUCUACGUGAUCUAUUCGAAGAUUCUCUAAACUUAUUACUUUAUGAUUUGACUUGUAUUUCUAUUAAUAAAAAUGAUGGUUUUCCUACAGGCAUAUGCAAUAGUUGUUCAAUAUCAUUGAACAUUGCUAUCAAUUUCAAACAUCAAUGUACAAAAGCUAAUGAUGAUCUACAUGCAUCCUUUCUUGCAAAUAAUACAAUAAUUACUGAACUAAAAACUGCAGAAAUAUUUCCAGAAUCAGAAUUUCAUUCCAACUGCAAUAAUGUAUAUCUCUCAGAUAGGAGUAAUGCAGAAGAAGUAAAUAUGAAACUUAAUUUGGAACAACCAUUGCAUGAAACUAGUAAGGAAAUUAUUGAAGAAGAAAUUAUUAUCCUUGAAGAAUGCUCUGAAACAAUUGUAGAGAAAGAUAUGCAAUCUCCCUAUCUCGAUGAAGUAACAUGUAAAAUAUGUAAUAAAAACUUCAGAAAUGAAAAUACGUUAAGAAGCCAUUCAGUUGAACAUGGAGAAAUGAUUGAAUGUGAAAUUUGUGAAGAAAAGUUUUCCUCCUUAGCACUAUUCAAAGUUCAUAAAAAACAGCAUGUAAAACUAAAGGCACAUAAAUGUAAAUUUUGCCAGAAAGAAUUUUCACAGCCUACAAAUUUAUCAAAGCACCUGAGAAUACAUGGUGGUGAAAGAAGACAUUUAUGUACAAUUUGUGGAAAAGGUUUUUUUGAACCAGGGCAUCUGACGAUUCACAUGAGAACUCAUACAGGAGAGAAACCAAUAAUAUGUUCCAUAUGUGGCAAAAGGUUUUCAGAUCUCCAUGGGCUAAAAGCUCAUAAUAAAACUCAUACAGGCGAGAAAAAAUUUGAAUGUGAUAUAUGUGGAAAAAAAUUUGCUCAUUCUUUUGUGCUUACCACCCAUAAACGUACUCAUACUGGUGAAAGACCUUAUAAGUGUGAAACAUGUGGAUCAUCAUUUGUCACAUCAUCAUAUCUCACAAUUCAUCAAAGGAUUCAUACUCAAGAAAGGCCAUACAAAUGUGAUACCUGUUUGAAGAAUUUCAUCAGUAGAUGCUCACUAGUAGCCCAUUUAAGGAUACAUUCUGGAGAAAAGAGGUUUCAGUGUAAAAUAUGUGGUAAAAGGAUGGGUAGAUCUGCAGAUCUUCAAGUUCACAUGAGAUCUCACACAGGAGAAAAGCCAUACUCUUGCAACUUGUGCUUCAAAAAAUACCACACCUCCAGUAAUUUAGCAGCACAUAAAAGAACUCAUUUGGGAAUUAAAGAUCAUGUUUGCUCCACUUGUGGAAAAGCAUUUGCAGAUCCCAGAACUCUCAAAGCUCAUAUUAGAAUACAUACAGGUGAAAGGCCAUACCUGUGCACAGUUUGUGGUGUCAGAUAUACUCAACCUGGUCAACUAUCUGCUCAUAGGAAAUCCCAUUUGGUAGAUAGCAGUUGAAGUAAUUAAAGAAGAAAGAUGGAAAAUUUCAGUUCACGAAAACAUUUUAUAAAAAAUUGAAGGAAUAAAUAUAAAUUAUUUAAUAAA